CCCACUCUUUUUUUAUCCCCUCCUACGCCACCACUCUCCCCUCCUCACCCCAGCGCCCCCAGGCGCCGCCGCUAGGGUUUCUCCCCUUGCCGCCGCCGGCCCGAACCCCGCUUCCGGGCCCUCCCGCAGCCAUGAGCGAAGGCAAGGACUCCCUCGACCUCUCCGGCCUCGGCGCCGCCCUCCCCAACGCCGCCGACCUCAGCGUGGAGGAUAAGGCCAACCUCGUGGCGUCGAUCAAGAACACGCUGGAAGGAUUGGCGUCGCGGCAUAUGGACGUGCUGGAGAACCUCGAGCCCAAGGUCAGGAAGCGCGUCGAGAAGCUUAGAGAGAUACAGAACCAACACGAUGAACUUGAGGCAAAGUUUUUCGAGGAGAGAGCUGCACUUGAAGCUAAAUAUCAGAAGAUGUAUGAACCACUUUACUCAAAGCGUUACGAAAUUGUCAAUGGCGUGAUCGAGGUCGAAGGUAUCACAAAAGAAAGUGCAGAUGAAACCACUGCAGAGCAAAAAAGUGCAGAUGAAACCCCUGCAGAGCAAAAAGAAGAAAAAGGUGUGCCAGAUUUCUGGCUUAAUGCAAUGAAGAACCACGAAGUCCUGGCUGAGGAGAUCCAGGAGAGAGAUGAGGAAGCUCUCAAGUACCUCAAGGACAUCAAGUGGUACAGGAUUAGUGAGCCCAAGGGUUUUAAGCUUGAAUUUCACUUUGAUACAAAUCCAUUCUUCAAGAAUUCAGUGCUAACAAAAACAUAUCACAUGAUUGAUGAAGAUGAACCAAUUCUAGAGAAAGCCAUUGGUACUGAAAUUGAAUGGUACCCUGGGAAGUGCUUGACACAAAAGGUACUAAAAAAGAAGCCAAGGAAGGGUUCAAAGAACACUAAACCUAUCACAAAAACUGAAGACUGUGAGAGCUUCUUCAACUUCUUCAGUCCACCUCAAGUACCUGAUGAUGAUGAGGAAAUCGACGAGGAUACAGCUGAACAAUUGCAGAACCAAAUGGAGGAAGAUUAUGAUAUUGGAUCUACCAUCAGAGACAAGAUUAUCCCACAUGCUGUUUCAUGGUUCACUGGAGAGGCUGGUCAAGAUGAGGACUUUGAAGGCAUUAUAGAUGACGAUGAGGACGACGACGACGACGAUGAUGAAGAUGAAGAUGACGAGGAAGAUGAAGACGACAGUGGAAAGAAGAGUAAGGGUGCUGCUGCUGGGGAAGGGGAGCAGGGUGAACGACCUGCAGAGUGCAAGCAGCAGUGAGAUGCUGCAUAUUGAAUAUUUCCAGAGACAGUGGUUAUGGAAUGAUGAAAAUUUGGUUCUGCUUGAUGCAAUGUCAUUGAAUUUGGUUUUGUGGAUCCCUUGGGUGGUUGUGUUGGUCUUGUGGAACCGGUGGGGGGUUUUUUCUUCGGGACAUGGUACUAUAUGUUGGUAGUCUUGUCACUUGCUGUAUUUGGUUAAGAUAUUAUGUGCUCUGCGUAUGCUUUGAGUGAUCAAUGUUGCCAGACUGGUAUAUCUUAUUGCACAUACCAGUGGGCUAGUCUGCUGUAUCUUCCUCAAGUGUGUUGCGGAGAAUUUUGGUCUAGGGGAAAGUUUGUCGACAAUGUUUGAAUUGUC